UACUAUAGGUAUGUUUCUAUAAUUCACAAUCAUUUUAUGUAGUUGUUAGGGAGAUGUUUUAUGUCGACGAAUUUCAAAACUUUAAAAAAUGAGCUGAACUGGAAAAUCUAACUGAAACUCUAUCUAAAUUCCACAAAGAAAGCUCUUGAUGAAAUUCGACUUGAAAUUCUUACACGCAGAAAAUCGUUUCGAGGCUGCCGUAACAUUUCGACGUUCUAAUUUUGAUUCAAAGAAUCGAAUGCUCGAAUUUCGCCAAAAUUUGUUUCGAUGCACCGAUUCAUUUAUUCGGUUUGUUAGGAAUUUUUGAAUGAACUCUUGUUACUGUGUUGAAGAAUUUUUGAAGAAUAUUUCAGAGAAAUGGAGCAAAUAAUCAAAUUUUCAAGUUUUGUGAUACUGUUUCAACUGGUUUUACAAAUGAGUUCCUGCAACGCAGAAAGUUUGGCCGGCCUGUUCUCCACGAUGAAGACAACGCCAUUAGCUCACAGCUGUGCUGAUGCGGCCCAACUAGGAAUGUAUGACAAUGGCUUUUACACGUUGCACGAUACCAACGACAAAAAGUACACGGCUUAUUGUGACUUCACCAGUGAACCUGGCUUCGCUUGGACACUCAUAUUUUCUUUUUCAAGACACAUUGUUCGAACGGAACCGAGUCAAAUUUUAAAGCGAAAAAGUAUUGGAGAUAAUGCACCUGUCAACCAAGACUCGCCCAACUGGAGUGCCUUCAGAUUUGGCCAAGCCAGGACAGAGAGCCUAAGAGAGGUCUCAUCCCACUUUCGAUUUACCUGCUCAGAAGAUGGCCCUUUCAUUGCAAUAGCAAACCAGAAUGAUUAUCUGAGAGCAAAUUUCUCGAGCAUCGACCCCCUGACUCUUAAUGUGGGGCAUGAAAAAUGUGCUCCGGUAGAAUUUGUCAGUGUGAGAAACGUAUCAUGUGCUGACUGCGUCGUUUCGUUCUCUCAACGCAAGAACAUUUGGUCUCUUCACGUGGAUGCGUGGCUGGCACAGAACAAGUGUGGCAUGGCCAAAAUCAACGACGAGGCAGUUCACAGCGAGGAUAUAUUUGGAUUUUACGAUCAAUUUAACCCGAAAUUCACCUGCACUAAGCACGAUUGGAGCACUACACAGCUUUGGUUUGGAUCAAGGCUUUACUCUGAAGACCACUAAACUGAUGAUAGCAAUUGGCAGCUGGUUAAUGUUGACUUGUAAAUUUUUUCAUUAAGAGAAUUGUAAAUAGUUGUGUAUGAGUAACUAGUCGUAUGCCAUGUUUCUGAAGAUUGUUCUGUGAGAGUCUUUGAGUCUAAAUUCUUCAAAAAGGAGUUGAUGAACUUGCAUAUAUGUGGAUUGUACAGGGCCGCCGGAUGCAGGUUUGAAUAGGAAGGGGAGGGGGCAAAAGGAACAAAAGAGUUUAUUUUUUCGUUACAUUGUUUAUUGCCAAAAAUGGACAACUUUUAUUGUAAUUCAGAAAUUGAGAAAGGUAACACAGAGUAAAUGGCCAUGUGUUUUAUUCAGUGAGCACGCACUCUUGUGCAUACCUAAUUUUUUAAUUCCUUAUUGGCGUUGAAGUUCUUCGUUUGUGUAAAUCUUUCAUCAAUUUAUGAUUCAUAUUUUCUUUAUGAUUCGAUUUACUUAUUUUUGUUUUUAACUUUUGUUGUUAGUGGAGGUGGCUCCGGUGAAGCAGCAGGCUCACAUCUUUCCCCAUACUUGUGGCAGGCUCGUUAUAUUCUACAGAUAUUCAUAUUAAUUAUAAUAUACCAAAGAAAAAAUAAAUCCACAUUAAUGCAAUCAUUCAUACAAAAGUAAUCAAACUUACAAGUUAACCCAAAAUUAUAAUGUACAAAAGUGAAAGGAAUUAUCAAAUUUUCAGGCUCUAUCUAUUUCAAAGCGAAUUUUCAGUCUCUUUAUACUUCAAAGCCAAUUUUCAGGCUCUAUCUAUUUCAAGUCAAAUUUUCAGCCACUAUCUAUUUCAAAUUGAAUUUGCGAAUAUCGACGCGCUUUCUUUAUACAAUUGAUAAAUCUACAUUUUCGAGCUGGCUUCAAUCCUGGUCAAAACUGUUGAGAUAAAAUGCAAUUUUUCCAUCUUUCUAGUUUACAUACCCUGGGUACCAGACUCACUAUAUAAAAUAAUAGAGAGUCUGGUCUAGUGCGCCCCAUUUUCGUUCUGGUGAACUUACUUGAAAGAACUGAAGUCUAUUUAACAGACUAGGCCUGUGAAACAAGACUGUCAGAUAAAUAACAAAGAAACUCCGUAGUCAGAGGAGUUUUGGAAAAUCUUAAAGCAAACGUGUUUUAUUUUUUUCUUUAAGGUCG